CAAUAAUAUUAGAUUAUAAAAACAAACUGUGAGUAUAAUGUAUGUGGGUUAAAAUUGGAUCAUUAGCAUGGAAAAUAACUUGUCAACUAAUAAAAAUGACUGCAACGAGUUUAACUUACAACCAAAAAGCGAACAUAGUUUUAAUGAGCAACCGUUUCCAAAAGCAAAGCCAGAUAAAAAAUUUAAAGAAUUAUUUGAAGAUGAAAAGGAGCAGAAUGGUGAAAAACUUGAUUCAUGGUGGAAGUCUUCAUUCUUUGUAACUUCUAAAUUAUAUUUUGGAACAUGGGAUGGAGUUUUCACUUCAUGCAUAAUGAACAUGGUUAGUGUUGUUGUUUUUCUGCGAUCUGGAUGGAUGAUUGGAUAUGCUGGGAUUGGCUUAUCACUUUUAAUUGUUCUGCUCUCGUUCUUGAUUGCUUUUGUAACACUUUUAUCUGCAGUUGGCAUAUUUGAAAAAUGUUGUGUUACCAAAGGAGGCGUAUACUUUCUUAUAACACAUGUUCUUGGUGGUAAAAUUGGUGGAACCAUUGGGUUAUUGUACUCAAUUGGAAAUGCAACAGCUACCUCAUUAUACUGUACAGGUUUUGCUGAGUCAUUAUGUCAACUAGCCAAUUGGAACAAUAAAUGGUCCAUUUGUUUAGUUAGCAUAACUACUUUGUUUGUAAUGUUAAGUAUUGCUAUAUCAGGUGUAAAGUGGGUUGUUCGGUUUCAGUUAUUGUUAUUAGUUAUUAUUGCUGCUGGUAUUAUGGAUUUUGUUAUAGGCACUCUAGCACUCAGUAAGCCUGAGAUAGGUUUUACUGGAUUUUCUAACUACAAUUUCAAGGAAAAUUUAAAUGCACAGUUUACAGACCAGAUCACUUUCUUUGUUGUCUUUGGUGUUUUUUUUCCAAGCGCAUGUGGAGUAAUGGCAGGCAUUAAUAUGAGUGGAGAUUUAAAAAAUCCGGCUGAGAAUAUUCCUGAAGGAUCAGUUGCUAGUCUUGGAACAUGUGCUGCGCUUUAUACAACAAUCGUACUGUUUUUGGGAUCUACAUGUUCACACUAUGCUUUGCAAACUGACUACAUGAUUAUGCAAAAAAUGUCAAUUACUGGAGUACUUCUCUUGUGUGGAUUAUUUGUUGCUGCCCUUUCUUCAGUCUUGGGAGGUUUAGUGGGUCCACCACGUGUUUUACAAUCUAUUGCAACAGAUAAUGUCUUAUCAAUACUAAAACCAUUGGAGAAAGUUAAAGGUAUCAAUGAAGAACCUCACAAUGCUACGCUUACAGUUGCUGUAAUUGCUUUUGUUUUUAUAUUCGUUGGUAAUAUGAAUACUUUAGCUCCUAUUGUCACAAUGCCUUUUCUAAUGACAUAUUCUGCUGUUAAUUAUGCCUAUUUUGCUUUGUCAAUGAGCUUUGAAAAUUUAAAAAAACAAGGUUUAAACACAGCUAAUUAUGGUGCAAUGUCACAAAUAGAUCCAUUCUCUCAAAAAAAUUCUAAUAGCCUAAUCUCACCAACAGAUACUAAUGAAGCAUCCUUACAGCCAUCUUCUAAUAGUAUGGCGUCUCAAAGUAAAUCUAGUUCUGAAUAUUCACUGAUUUUAUCAGAAACUGUUCGAAAAGAAAGUUUUGCUGCUAAUAAUGAAAAUGGUUUCAGAAAUCAUACACAAUCAAAUAGCAUUUGUACUAUCCUAUGCAACAAAUGGAUUUCUCUAAUCGCUAGUAUAUGUUGCAUCUUGUGUUCAUUUUGCAUCAGUUGGAUAUUUGCACUGACUAACUUAGCCAUUACAUUUUUACUGUAUGUUUUUAUCAGUUGGUCACAACCUGGUUUACCACAGGGUGUUUCUAAUCAUUUUAGUUUAAGUUAUUGGCUAUUAUCAGUAUGCAUGAGAAAAAAUAGGAAAUCUGAAAAGCGGAUUGUAGUUCAUAGCGAUUCAAUAUCAUACGGUAUUUCAAUGUUGCAAGUUUCAGAAGACAAUUCGGACUAUUAUCACAGACUAAAACAGCAUCACUCCUCCACUUGUUCAAAUCCUAUUCCUUAUUAACUCAUGUAUUUUUCCUAAUAAAGUUUUUAUUAGUUUUGCUGAUGAAUAUAUAUAUAAAUAUAU